AUGAAAAUUCUUUUUGGAAUUUAUUUUAUCUUUUUACAUUUAAUAAAUAUAUCAAAAUCAACAACACCUAAUAUUCUAAUUUUUCUUGUCGAUGAUUUGGGAUAUGGAGAUUUAGGAUGUUAUGGAAAUUCAACAAUUAAUUCUCCACAUAUUGAUUCAUUAGCACGUGAUGGUGCAACAUAUACACAAAUGUAUUCAGCAGCUUCAAUAUGUACACCAUCUCGUGCUGGAUUUCUUACUGGAAGAUAUCCUAUACGUUUAGGAUUAACAUCAAAUACUAAUCAAUUUCGUACAUUUUAUUCUCCAGCUCAACCAGGUGGUUUACCACAUGAUGAAACGACGAUGGCUGAAAUUGCUCAGCAAUUAGGCUAUCGAACUGGUUUAGUUGGAAAAUGGCAUAUAGGUUUAGGACGUGAUGGUGAACAUUUACCUACUCGUCAUGGUUUUCAUACGUUCUUUGGUAUGCCUGUGACCAAUGUACAAACAUGUGGAAAUAAGAAAGUAUAUAAUUUAAUUGGUGGACAUGGUGAAGUUCUUGAACGUUCAUAUUUUUCAUAUUGGAUUACUCUGAGAGGCAAAAUUUGGCUAGCAAUAAUCUGUAUUAUAUUGGUGACAUGGUUGAUUUAUUCUCGUAAGUUAGCUUUUAUAAUAUUAGUUUUAGGUAUUAUUGGUUUCUUUGGUGGUAUGUGGUAUUCACUUAGUUUUACUCUUCUUAGUCGUUCUUCAUGUUUAUUAUAUCGAAAUGAAACAAUUAUUGAACAACCAGUUCAUUUACAAGAUUUAACUCUACGUAAUACAAAUGAGGCAAUUAAAUUUAUGAAAGAAACCAUUCAAAUUCAUAAGAAACCAUUUUUUCUUUAUAUGGCUUAUGUUAAAGUACAUACGGCUUUAUUUACUCUUCCAGAAAAUGUUGGACGUAGUCGUCAUGGUGCAUAUGGUGAUAAUAUUGAAGAACUUGAUUGGAGUGUUGGAGAAAUUAUUCAAGCAUUGAAAACUCUUGAUAUUGAAAAUGAUACUUUAAUUUUAUUUUCUUCCGAUAAUGGACCUUUUCUUGAACGUGGAAUUGAAGCUGGAUUUUGUGGUCGUGUUCUAACAACUUCUGGUAAACUUAGUGAACCAUUACGUGGUGCAAAAGGACAAACAUGGGAGUGUGGUAUUCGUGUUCCUGGUAUUAUUCGUUGGCCAGGACAUGUAAUUCCAGGUCAAACAAUUGAAAGUAUAUCUUCAUUAUUAGAUUUUUAUCCAUCACUUUUGAAUUUAUGGAAUGUUCAAUCAAUACAAGAUCGUCCUCUCGAUGGUGUUAGUUUAUGGUCACAAUUAAAAUUGAAUCCUGAAAUGUUUACUUCUUCAUUAACAACUAACAUACAAAAAGAACGAGAUACACUCUUUCAUUAUUGUGGUUCAACAAUAACGGCUGUACGUCAAGGUAAAUAUAAAGCACAUUAUUGGACUCCAAAAUGGGAUGAAGGUUUACGUGCAUGUCCUAGUGAUAUUAUUUGUCCUUGUCUUAGUAUACAACAUUCACCACCAUUAUUAUUUGAUAUUGAAACUGAUCCUGCUGAAGAAUCACCAUUGGAUAUUCAAAAUUAUUCAAAUAUUUUAUCUAUGAUGGAUGCAGCAGUUCAAAAACAUAAAGCAACACUUAUUCCAGUACCAAAUCAACUAGAAACACUUGCAUUACCUUGGUUAUUUCCUUGUUGUAAUGCACAAGGAUGGACACGUAUAAUUCGUUUGAUAACUAACUCUUGUCAAUGCUAA